CUUUCUUUCAUUCUUACCUUCUUGAUUGUGCGGUGCCUAUUGUAACAAUUUGUUUUCUAUUUGUCAUAUAUGAAUGAAGAAAAAAUGAAAUUUUGUCGAAACCGUAAAAAGAUAAUUUUGCACAUAAAAGUGAGUGAUCCGAGGCGCCGAAGGCUUUAGAAAAAUUCAACAGUGGCACAAUUGUUGCUUCACUUUUAUCCAAAGCUCCAAAGCAAUCAUUAAGAAUUUUUCCUAUACUGUAACAGUAUUUAUUUAUUUUUUGAUAACCUGAUUGUUUAUUAGUAACUUUUUCUUAAAUGUUUGUAACUUUUUCUUAAAUGUUUGAUAAAACUGGUUAUAUGCUAAUGGGUCUCAAGUCAGAACAUGCAUUGGGAUUUUUUAUUUUUGGGUAGAAAACGUACUAAAGCGUUUUCCACAUUUAAGAAUUAAAUUUCCACCUUAUGAGUAAUAAAUUUCUUCAGUAUGUGACGUCAAAUGACUUGUGGACACUUAUCUUGGAAAUCGAGAAAUUCUCCCCCUUAAAUGUUAAAUGCAUCUCUGGUAAUUAAAUAAUAUCGACACUUUUUUCUAAAGGUCAGAAUUUAAAAAUGUGCGGUUCUUGUAAUCUGAAUAGGAUGUUAUACAACCAACAAUACACCUUGACCACAAUUAAUUAGAAUUAAGGUUUUAAACCGACUUCUUUCUCAAAGUUUGAUUGUAGAAUAUCAGAUAACUUUCACAAUACAAUUAUUUCAACACAACUUGCUUUUUUUUGCGGCAUUUCGUCGCAAGAAUUUAAACUUGGUGCGUCCAAAUGUCACAUUGACAGUCAGCUGUUUAUCCAAAACAAACCCACGUUGGGCCCUUAUUUUUCGCAAAUGACCCCAAAUCUACCCCCUUCCAAGCGUUGUUUCAUCCCUUGGUGCCCCCAAAGCAGCGAAGUGUCGAACAAUGUCGACUUUUUCCACCUUCCGACUGAUACAAUCCGCCGUAGUGCCUGGCUUGAAGCCCUAGAUAUCCCAGUGAGCAAAAAGGACCGUUACCUCCUUACAAUCAGCUCACGACAUUUCAAAUCAGGUCGACCGUCGCCGGACUCAGCCGACAUCGACUGGAUCCCCAACCAGGCGCUCCACCCCAAUGUGGUCUCGCAACUCAAAUCAAAAAUGCGGAAACUGCUCGUCGGAGACAUAAACGAGAUCAUCACAAACAUCCCCGAAAUUGAGGCGGUGUUCGAUGUUCCUGAAUUCGUGGUGUUGAGAAAAGUGGGGGAAUCCCCCAACAAUGACCAUGAUUAUGUCAAGACGCGGCCCGUGGACAGCGCCCCCGCGUGCCAAGACGUGCACCUGCCCCACUUUUGCAAUAUUUGUGUCCAAGAAUUCGGGGAUUUAUUCAAGUUUAACAGCCACAUGUUGGCACACAUGCACAAAAACGACGUUAAAUGCACUUUGUGCCACCAGAGUUUUUUCACCACGACGUGUCUCAACAAUCAUAUUAGAUUCAAACACACCACAUUGUGCCAAAAGUGCCACAAACAAAUCCCUCGAGGGCAACACUAUUGGCAUAAAUUGGCCAACGCUAAACAGAGGAAACAAAUCCUUACAAAACGUGAUGAUAAAAUCUGGUUUUGUGUUUUUUGUGGGAAGAAAUUUGGGCGUGUGAGAGAGUUUCACAAACAUUUGGAGUCACAUGACCAAGUUUUAUAGCGUUAUGAUUUGAUUUUGUGCAAUAAAAGUUUAUUCGUUA